UCUUUAUCUUGUUCUUCUUCAAGAACCCCUAUUCGAAAAGCAACAACUAAUGAUAAAAAGAGAAUUCCAGUAAAAUCAGACUGUUGGAGUCCCAGAGCAAAGAGAACAUGGGUAAUCUGUUAUGUUGUAUACAAGUUGACCAGUCUACAGUAGCCAUCAAGGAGAGAUUCGGCAAGUUUGAGGAUGUUCUCGAACCCGGAUGCCAUUGCCUACCUUGGUUUCUUGGAAGUCAACUUGCUGGUCACCUCUCCCUAAGGUUGCAGCAGUUGGAUGUUCGGUGCGAAACCAAGACUAAGGACAAUGUCUUUGUCAAUGUUGUUGCAUCUAUUCAAUACCGGGCACUUGCAGACAAGGCGAACGAUGCCUUUUACAAACUGACAAAUACAAGGACACAAAUUCAAGCUUAUGUUUUUGAUGUUAUUCGAGCAACUGUUCCGAAGCUAAAUCUGGAUGAUGUUUUCGAACAAAAGAAUGAAAUUGCGAAAGCCGUUGAAGAGGAACUUGAGAAGGCUAUGUCUGCCUAUGGGUAUGAGAUUGUCCAGACACUUAUUGUGGACAUAGAACCCGACGAGCAUGUGAAGCGUGCAAUGAAUGAAAUCAACGCUGCUGCAAGGCUGAGGGUGGCAGCUAAUGAGAAAGCGGAGGCCGAGAAGAUUUUGCAGAUCAAACGAGCUGAAGGUGAGGCCGAGUCUAAAUAUUUGUCAGGGUUGGGUAUUGCUCGCCAACGACAAGCGAUUGUUGAUGGGCUGCGAGAUAGCGUGCUUGGAUUCUCUGUUAAUGUCCCGGGGACUACCGCAAAGGAUGUCAUGGACAUGGUCCUGGUCACUCAGUACUUUGACACCAUGAAAGAAAUCGGUGCUGCUUCUAAAUCCUCGGCGGUGUUUAUCCCUCAUGGUCCUGGAGCCGUUCGUGACGUCGCGACUCAGAUUCGUGAUGGACUCCUCCAGGCUACACAGCAGUAAAAUACCACAUCUCAAAGGUUUAUACUGGGUUCUGCUUAAGACAAGACAAGCUUUAUUAUAAUUUUUGUUUAAGGAUAUAAUGUUUGGUUUUAAUGUUUCCAUGUUUAGUUCUUGGUGCCUUGCCCUUGUUUAUUUGUAGUAGUCUCUUUUAUAUAAAGAGAAUUGUUGUACAUAUGUGAUGAU